AUGAGGAGCAAUGCGGCGAUAAUCAGUGUAUUAUGCGUGGCAGCCCUUAGUGGGAGCAAGACGACGACAGGGGAGGAAACGGUGCACCGAUAUCGGCGGCAGCUUUUGUAUCCUAAUAGCACUUUAUUUCAAGUGAACAUAGGCUUAGGCACCCCAACACCAAUAAAGACCAUCAACGUGAACUGGGCCAUCCAGGCCAACUUCCAGCUGCCGUGGAAUCGCUCCCAGAUUCCUGUGGACAUCCUGUGGGCCAACUCUGGAUAUGACGGGGAAUCCAGGAGGAAGAGGGAGGUGAAGGGGUACGAGAAUGAUGCGAAGUUGUACCACUUUUAUAAAUAUGUUGAAGAUGCGUUAAAUAAUUUCGGUCACAACGGUACCGCCUGCGUGCUGAAAACCCUGUGCCAGCUGGGAGCUGAGCCGCUUCAUACCGAUCACGAGGACGACUUGCUGCAUGAGAUCACCAGCUACGUUCUCAACCCUUCAAAUGACAUAGCAGAGCACCCAUGUGACGAGGCAUCCCCAUACGUGCAGGCGUUCGAACACGGGCAGAACCUCCGAGACUGUUCUAGAAUGUUCCACUGUACUUCUAUUUCACUCCUCGAUAUGUUUACUAAAGUGUUUGUUUCUCCAUAA